AUGUCCAACCAGAUCAAGACAGUCAACCCUGCAACCCACGAGAUCAUCUUCGACCAACCUGGAACUUCGGUCGAGGAAGCUCGCAAGCUCGCCACCGCCUCCAGGCGAGCAUUCCAGUCAUGGCGCACCGUGAGCCUAGAGGACCGCAUUGCUAUUGUUAAGCGUGCACUGGAAAUCAUCGACUCUCGGAUCGAUGAUUUGGCCAAGGAAUUGACCAUCCAGAUGGGCCGUCCCGUUCGUUAUUGUGCGGGAGAAAUCAAGACGGCCGCUCUUCGCGCGGAACACAUGAUCAAGAUUGCCAAGCAGAGCUUGGCUGAUCUGCCUGGUGAGCCCCAAGAGGGCUUCAGGCGUAUGGUGAAGCAGGUGCCUGUUGGGACGGUUCUUGUUGCUUCUGCUUGGAAUUACCCCUACCUCACCACCGUGAAUGCCCUCGUCCCCGCGCUGCUAGCGGGCAACACCGUCCUCUUGCGUCCCUCUCCCCAAGUACCCAUCUUCGGUCAAGGGCUCGCUGAAGCAUUCACAGAGGCUGGUCUGCCCCAGGAUGUUCUGCAGGUCCUGCAGAUUGGUAGCCUGGACGUUCUGGAUCAGAUUGUCCAGAUUCCCGAGAUUCACUCUGUUUCAUUCACCGGAUCAACCGCGGGCGGUAUCCGUCUCAGGGAGGCAACUGCAAAGCAAGUCAAGCCUGUGCACUUGGAGCUGGGCGGUAAUGACCCUGCCUAUGUUCGUCCUGACGUGGACGUCAAGAAUGUUGCCGAGAACUUGGUCGAUGGAGCGGUCUUCAACUCCGGACAGAGCUGCUGCUCAGUUGAGCGUGUCUAUGUGCACGAGAAGGUUUACGAUGAGUUUGUUCGUUGCGUCCAGGAAGAGCUCAAGGGAUACAAGCUAGGAGAUCCCUUGGAUCAAACCACAACCACCGGUCCCGUCGUUUCCGCGCUCGCCAAGGAAAAGAUCCAAUCUCACGUCGACGAUGCGCUGAAGAAGGGCGCCGUCGACGCUACACCCGAGAACGAGUCCUUUUCACUCGCCCAAACCAGUCAAAAGGGCAACUUUGUCGCCCCCGUGGUCCUCACCAACGUCAACCACGACAUGCUCACAAUGAAAGAGGAGACUUUUGGCCCCGUCAUGCCCAUCAUGAAGGUCGCCAGCGACGAGGAGGCCAUCUCUUUGAUGAAUGACAGCGACUACGGUCUCACGGCGAGCGUAUGGACCAAGGAUAUCGCCCGUGGCGAGGAACUCAUUGACCAGAUUGAAGCGGGCACGGUCUUCAUCAACCGAUGCGACUACCCAGCUCCGGAUCUCGCUUGGACUGGCUGGAAGAUGUCGGGUCUGGGCUGCACCCUGGGACCCCGAGGAUUCGACGGAUUCGUCAAGUUGAAGAGCUACCACAUCAAGAACGCUUCUUGA